AUGCGGAGUCCUUUAGUUGGACUGAUGUGCGUCUUCACGUUCACGUGUGUAAACGUUGUGCACGGACAGGAAAACCAAGGAAAGUAUUUUCUGUGUACGGCUGUCCCCAUCGAGGAAGAGACGAGCUGUCCGAUACAGUCAGCGUCAGUUAAAAGCGCAGCGCAACAGGAGGAACUGAGGAGCACCGUUACCCAGUUGCGACAAACAGUGGGACAGCAAAAGAAGACGAUUGUCAGUCAGAUGAACACCAUAAAAGAACUGACAAACAAAAUCUCUCGAUGUAAGCCUGCAGGAAACAAUUUCACGACGUGGCGAAAAAAUAACCAAACAAUGGAUGACGUUCCCAGCGACCCAAACGAAACUAUUGACGUCCUGACGAAGACUAUGCUGAGUUUGAAAGAACGCUUACAAAAUCUAGAGCAACAGCAGAUGCGGGCCAACCUCUCCGGGGCACAGUUCCCCAGUGCGCUGCAAGGACUCCUUCAGCGCCGGCUCACGGAGCUGGAGAAGCAGCUGCUGAAGAAGGACCAGGAGCUGGAGGCAGAGAAAGCGCAGCUGUACAAUGAGACUGCGGCCCACCGCCAGCACACGGAGAACACCCUCGACUCCCUCGUGAACAGGAUCUCAGAGCUGGAGAAAGGUAAUGCCAGAUUCAAGUCCCCCGAGGGCUUCAAACUUUCCUUCCCCCUGCGCAGGAACUACCUUUUUGGACGAGUGAAGAAAAGCCUGCCAGAAAUGUAUGCCUUCACCGUGUGCAUGUGGCUCAGGUCUAGUGCCAGCUCUGGCAUCGGAACCCCCUUCUCCUACGGGGUCCCUGGGCAGGCCAACGAGAUCGUGCUGAUCGAAUGGAGCCAAAAUCCUAUGGAAUUGCUCAUCAACAACAAGGUGGCAGAGUUGCCGCUGUCUCUGGGUGAUGGGAAGUGGCACCACAUCUGCAUCACCUGGACUACCAGAGACGGAGUAUGGGAGGCCUACCAGGACGGCCAGAGGCUGGGUACAGGGGAGUACCUGGCCUCAUGGCACCCCAUCAAACCUGGAGGAGUCAUCAUCCUGGGCCAGGAACAGGACGCAGUGGGGGGGCGCUUUGACGCUGUCCAGGCCUUCGUCGGUGAGCUGUGCCACUUCAACAUGUGGGACCGUGUCCUGAGGUACACGGACAUCAGCUCCAUGGCCAACUGUUCCACCUAUUUGCCUGGCAACAUCGUUGCCUGGGACAACAGCAACGUGGAUGUGUUCGGUGGUGCCUCCAAGAUGCCCCACGAGAUUUGUGAAGAUAUGCUCUAUGACAACUGGACACCACUGUGAACUCGGAACAAAAGAAAACAUAUGA